AUGCCACACGUACAAGAUCAUCGCCUGUCAGAAGAAGGCAAACUUCAUGUGAUCAAAGUUCGCAACAAGUACAUAGACGCUCUCUAUCAUCACAUUCAACACGAGUACCCGUCUUAUUCGGCUAUCGAAGUUGCUCAACGAAUCUCAAAAUUGCUACUUCUAUUGCCAAGCAUUGAACAUUUGUCACAACAAGAAGACGACAACGUUCAAUUCCUUGCGCUUUUUAAUUUGGCAAAUCUUAAUGGACUUCCGUACGAGUUGCAUUCGGCAACGAAACAACAGAUCCGUGAUGAAGAUCCCACUCAGGUAAACGAAGUGACGUCAAAUAAUGUCGACAUGAAGAGUUACGGCGAUUAUGAUUCUGGCCAAUGUGGCAGUGCCUACGGUGGCGUUCCCUCGUUCUCGAGUGGUAUUUUAUAA